UGUUUCAAGAAGUUAUGACGUUUUAAAUCUUUGGGGGUUUGGCCUAGUUCGUCAAAGAUUCGUAUGAAGGAAACCCAUUUCCAUUACGUAAAGUUCUAAAUUUUAAAUUCGGUUGCCAAGUGUUUUCAAUAAUCGCCCAUCAUCUCUCUCAAUCGGGUCGUACUUUUCGUGAAGAAAAUGAAAGAGGAAAUGGAAGAGGAUUUCGUAAUCAUCAUAAUCGUUCUUGUAUUGUUUAUUUUGGUGGUUAUUGUGGCAGUUAUGCAAUGGUUCAUCGAUAUAUGUCGACUUUGUGUCACGUGUUGUUCGACCAGGAAAUAUUCGCCUCAAAUGCCGCCGAACAUUCCCGUCACUGAAACCAUCCUGUGGAUUUAAUGGGAGGAUUUGAUCGUGCACUUAAAAUAUUGAUCGAUUGUGCCAGCACGGCGAGUAUAGACUCUAGCAGUAGAAAACAAAUUUUGACAAGAUUACCUGCAUGCGCUUUCGCUUCUCCGCCGUCAGCCAUAAUUCGUUAUUAUUCUUUUAUCAAGCAAUGCAAAACUGAACGGGAUACUAAUUCAAAUUCUUUUUCUCAUUAGUUAAUUUCUACCAAAUUUUUGAAUUUUGUUUCAUUGGCGCAAUAUUUUUGUAAUAAAUUUAAUCGAAUGUUGACGUAAUUCACAGCUUUGUUCCCGUACGCGCUACCAAACAACGUUGCCUUUACAUGCUAUACUUUGCUUGGGGCUAAACGAAUUGAUUAUUCACGACAGUUCUCCCCCAAAGACCUGAGGGGAGUCACGUACAUUUGUUUAUUCUGUUCAGCCCUUGUCAAAGACAGGAUGUCGUUUGAUUUCUGUGCGGCCGUCUUCGCUUUGGGAUUCAUUCUCGCCUUCUUGUCCUGGUGUUUAUACAUUCGCUUUUCACCUUUCCACGUAUUGGUGAAUCGGAUCCCGGGUCCCAAAUUUCACCUGCCCUUACUAGGAAAUUCAUUGGAGUUAGCUGGAGGGCUAGACAAUGUACUUCACAUGUUUCAAGAGAAAUGGCCAGAAAAAUACGGGGAAGUCUACCGCAUAUUUCUCGGAAACCACUGCUACGUUGUUAUUUCCACACCCGAGUUACUAGAGGCAAUUUUGAGCAGCCAGAAGAUCAUCGACAAAGGCUCGUCUUAUGUCAACCUAGUUCCCUGGUUGGGACUGGGACUACUCGUUAGCUCUGGGGAUUUGUGGCGAUCGCGACGGAAGAUGCUGACGCCAGCUUUUCACUUUUCGAUCUUGAAUAGCUUUGUUGAAGUAUUUAACGAGCAGAGUCGCAUCCUCUGUGGAAUUAUUGAAGACAUCUGUCAAUCGUUUGCGGAUGGGAAAAGCGAAAUGGAUGUGUAUCCAUUAAUCACCCGAUGUUCACUGGAUAUUAUCUGUGAGGCUUCCAUGGGGACAACAAUCAAUGCUCAAACUAAGGAUUCUGAAUACGUCCGAGCAGUUUACAGAAUGGGACAGGUAAUUGUGCAGCAAUUCCAGCAGCCAUGGUUGGAAAUUCCGUGGAUUUUUUCGGUUUCCGCGUUGGGCAGAGAACACAAUCGAUUGUUGAAAACUCUCCAUGGACUCACUGAAGACGUGAUUCACAAAAGACGGGAAGCCUUGAAUAAAAAAGGAAAUAACAAAACCGGAGAAAUUGAAACGGGGAUGAGAAAUCGUUUGCCGCUUCUCGACUUGCUGAUCAAGACCUCAGAUGACGGGAAGGUCCUCUCAAAUCAGGACAUCCGGAAUGAAAUUGAUACUUUCAUGUUUGAGGGACACGACACAGUCUCUUCUCUGAUGGGUUGGUUUCUGUACUGCAUGGCAACAAAUACGGAUUGCCAGGAUAAAGUACGGACCGAACUAGACGAUCUAUUUGGUGACUCAGAAAGAGAUUGCUCAGAAGAGGAUAUUCCCAACUUGAAGUAUCUUGAAUGCUGCAUUAAAGAAACGUUGCGCUUGUAUCCCAGCGUCCCUUUAUUUGAUAGGACAGUUUUAGAAGAUGUUCAGAUUGGUAAAUAUUUAAUUCCUGCCGGUUGCACGGUAGCGUGUCCAACUUUUGCAACGCAUCGAAAUCCCAAAACAUUUCCGGAUCCGUUGGUUUUCAACCCCGAACGUUUUUUUCCGGAUGAGGCUGUUGGCCGGCAUCCCUAUGCGUAUAUCCCGUUCAGUGCUGGACCUCGCAACUGCAUCGGACAAAGAUUUGCCAUGUUGGAAACAAAAGUCGUGCUAUCGACCCUCCUUCGCCGUUUCAAAUUCGAGGUCUCACCUAACACCAAGCCACCGAUUAGUUCAACUCAACUCAUCUUGAAGUCGAUGACCGGCAUCAACUUAGUUGUCUCUCGUCGCUGAAAGGGUUUGUGAUCUGCACGAUAAAAUGCGGGAGCGAUUUAAAUUGUGAAUUAAUACCACGGUAAAUUGGCAAAA